AUGCAUCUCGGAGUUAAUAUAUCAAAUGCUUUACAACAAUUAGAAAGUGUAAAAGCAGCUGUAGAUCAAAGUGAUGAUCCCAAGUUAAAGGCUGCCACCAAUGAUGACUUGAAUAUGCUGAUAAACUUGUUGGAAAGUCCUAUACUAAAGAGUAUAGCGACACUCCAUGACUCUGUAGGAAUGCUUGCAACCCAGGUUGCACAUCACCCUUCUAUAAUUCCCGGAGACUUUGAUAUCACUCCAGCAGGUGAUCUUGCUCUACAAGCAAGGAACUUGUAUGGAAGUCAUGAGGGGGAGGAAGAGCAGCGUGUUCCCCAAGUAUCACCACCACAUAGUCUUGAAUUUGGUUCUGGCUCUGAUAAUGAGCGCAUUCUGGGGCUCGACAGUGGAUCUGUGGACUCAAACAUGUCUCCAAAACAGAAUCGUGGCCUAUUGGAUUUGUCAAGAACUGACGAGUCUCUCGGCUCAAUGUCUCACAGCAUCGUUGGUAGUGACUGGGCACAGGUUGAAAUCAUUAACUUGGUAAAUGAUGGCACUGGAUUAGGAUUCGGUAUAAUUGGUGCUAGGACGAGUGGCGUGAUUGUCAAGACUAUUUUGGCGGGAGGUGUCGCCGAUAGAGAUGGCCGACUGAAGUCUGGAGAUCAUAUUUUACAAAUAGGAGAUGCUCAUUUAAUGGAGAUGGGUUCGGAGCAAGUGGCGGGAGUGUUGCGUGCGUCAGGUUCCCGGGUGCGGCUGGUAGUGGCUCGCGCCGCGGACCCGGCCGCGCCCCCGCUGCACUCACACGCGGCUCAUCCAGGACACUCUGCACCACUCGUACCUGCCAGGCUCCUGUCGGACCCUGAGGCUCUGGACCGCUACCUACUAGACGCAGGCUUCGAACAAGUAUUCCACACCCAACCUACACCAGUCCCACACAACAAUGCCUCCAGAUUUGUAUUCGACAGAUCCAUUACACCACCACCUGAUGCAGAUGCGGAGUCACCAGAAGUCGAUAGAUUCACAGUGCAGCUGAAGAAGGACGAAAAUGGACUCGGAAUUACUAUUGCAGGCUAUGUAUGUGAAAAAGAGGAACUUUCGGGAAUAUUCGUAAAGUCGGUAACGCCGGGUAGCGCGGCGGCUUUGAGUGGCAAGGUGCGCGUCAACGAUCGCAUCGUCGCCGUCGACGGCGUCUCUCUCGCGGGCAAGUCUAACCAACGAGCUGUCGACGCACUCAAACAGAGUGGGAACAUUGUUACACUGGAAUUGGAAAGAUACCUUCGCGGUCCAAAAUUCGAGCAGCUACAGCAGGCUAUAGCGGCAGGGGAGAGCGCGGCCAGUACUGUGACUCCACACAAUCCAUUCUUACACAUGCACCGCCCUGACACGCUGCCCUCGCCUGAACAUGACAUACCCAUGGCACAGCUACAUAACUCUGUGUCAGUGGAGAGUGCCCCCGAGGAGCCCCCGGCCGCGGCGGGCAGUGCGCGCGCGCAGCCUGCCUUCGACAUGCCGCGCACGCAGGAACAGAAGGACGCCAUCAAGAGGAAGUGGCAGGCUAUUCUUGGCGACGAGGUAGAGAUCGUCGUCGGCGUAGUAGUCCGCGGUGGUGGUGGGCUGGGUAUAUCCCUGGAGGGUACAGUGGACGUGGAGGGCGGGAGGGAGGUCCGCCCGCAUCACUACGUGAGGUCUGUGUUGCCGGAGGGACCGGUCGGACGCGCCGGAGUGCAUCGACCUGGGGAUGAGUUGCUCGAGGUGAACGGGCACCGCCUGCUGGGCAUGAACCACCUGGAGGUGGUGUCGAUCCUGAAGGAGCUGUCGAGCGAGGUGUGCAUGGUGUGCGCGCGCCCGCGCCCCGCGCCGCCGCUCGACCUCGCGCCGCCCGCGCCCACGCUCGUCAAGGCCAAAUCAGAUGGAAGUUUGGCCGGUGCAGGCGCCGAAGAAGGAGGAUCACUAUCGGCCGGUGGAAAAGUGCGCUCGCGAAGUUUGGAACCCUUAACUGGUCUCGCCAUGUGGUCAUCUGAACCACAAAUCAUAGAACUAGUGAAAGGUGAGCGUGGUUUGGGAUUCUCGAUCCUGGAUUACCAGGACCCGCUGCGACCGUCACAUACUCUGGUGGUAAUCCGUUCCCUAGUGCCGGGCGGAGUGGCUCAGCAAGAUGGCCGGCUAAUACCUGGGGAUAGACUGCUUUUCGUCAAUGAUCAGAACUUGGAAGACGCAAGUCUAGAACAAGCAGUGGCAGCAUUGAAAGGCGCCCCGCGUGGAGUAGUUCGCAUCGGAGUGGCCAAACCACUUCCACUCGCCGACGCACCACCCCCGCUACCACACACUGCCCCGCCCUCUCAACCUUAG